GAUUCGUUGUAUGAUCCCCGUUGUCUUCCUCGUCCGAAAACCCUAACUCAUCCUAAUUCUUUUUGUCCGAGCUACGUCCCUUCUCUCUCGAUCUAUGGGAAAGAGAAGGGAGCGCCGCCUUGCGGCGAUGAUGGCGGCGAGCCGCAGAGUAAAGCUCGAUCUCUUCACUGAGCCCUCUGGAGAGAUGGUGGGCAAUUCUUUACAUGAUGAAGUAGGAGGGGAUCUUGAUAAGGACCACCAUGAGGUCCCCAGUUCACCAUCUUCUUCAGGUGGGUUCCAUCAAUUUAUCUUAAAGGACUAUGUAGAGAGGAUAUGCCUGCAAAGCAUAUUUUUGGUGGAAAUUUGGAAAUAUUGUACACGCUUGUUGUAUGCACCAAAUAUCUGGUUCUGAGACUGUAGGGUGGCUGAAGAACAUGCAUUAGUCGUUUCAGAUCGGGCUGCCACUGGGAAAAUUGAAUGACUCCCUACCUGUCAUUAUCCUCUGGCAGCAUCUAGAUGUGGAGGUCAGAAGCAGGAAAAUCCUUUGUUGCUACUUGAACAAUAUAGCGAUGAUGAAUUGGAAGAUGACACAAGUGAACAACCAACACAUACUGCUGAGGCGAGUGUAUCAACUGGUCCUGAAGUCCAGGGUCAGGAGAGUGUAGGUGCAAGUGGGAUUGCUGGAAGCAAACCUGAUAACGCAGAUGCUACUGGUGACAUCAAAGAUGAUGACCAGUUGGAUCACAUCAACAAUGUCGACUCAAAUGAUACCAAAGAAAGUGAUGUUGCUUUAGCAGCUUCUCAAUAUACUGAAGCUGAUCCGGCUAGUCAAACUGUUCUUGAUGCUUCUGGAAUGCAAAUCGUCGGUGAUCUUACUGGAAAUUGGAAGGUUGUCAUGCAUGGGCAGAGCAACCAAUAUUAUUAUUGGAAUACUGUGACAGGAGAGACUUCAUGGGAGAUACCUAGCGGAAUGGAAGUUUCAAUAAGUGGAGUAGAUCUUUCUUCCACUGUUGGAGGACAAGUGGCUUAUCCUGUUCUUAUGCAUGCAAAUAAUGCAGCUCCUGAGAUGCAUGGAAUUACUAAUUUGGUCCCCACAAGCAUGGAGGCCUAUGGAACUGUGGAGUUGGAUAAAGAGAAUGGAAAGCGAUCAGGCAAUGCCUUUUUGGACUUUUCAAAGACUUCAGGAGAAGAUCUCUCAAUCUAUGAAGUGAAGCAUGCUACAGAAACUACCGCAUGCUAUGAAACAACAGAUAUUCAUUCUGCUGAGCUUGUUAAAUAUGGUCAAAGUUUAUUGCAAAGAUUGAAAGCAGUGAAGGGUUCUCUUAAUGGACAUGAAUGGAUGGAGAAGGAAAUUGAGUUUAGAAUAUCUGAUUGCAGAGCACUUUCCUCGUAUGGGUUAUCGCUGCUUCCAUUUUGGUGGCAUACUGAAACACAGCUCAAACAGCUUGAAUCUGUGAUUUCCAGGGAAGAAGCUUCUUUUGUAGCUGAGAAAAGCAUUUUGCUUUGCGUAGGAGCAGCAUCUGAAGUGGUUGAGAAGAUCAAUGGUGAAAAUCACCAGUCAGUUCUUGAUACUGCUGCAACAGUAGUACAAACUGAUGAGCAUAUGCCUGAGAUUGAAGGAACCAUUAUUAAGGGAUUUUCUUCUGGUUUAACCAGUAAGAAUUUGGGAACAGAUACAGAAGUUGAAGGUGUGCAGCCAGUGUCAAAUGUUGAGUCACAUACCGAGGAUGUGGAUAUGGAUGUUGAGAUGGAGGUUGAUGAUGAAACCAUUACAGUCCACACUGCUGCUCAAUAUUCAUCAACCACCGAAUGUCCAGCUUCAGUGGAACCAGCAAUCCUGACAAACACAUCUUCAGUGGUCUCCACUUCAGUUCCUGCAGAUGAGCCAAGCAUUCCACCACCUCCAGAUGAGGAGUGGAUUCCUCCACCACCUCCUGAUAGUGAACUGAUUCCUCCUCCUCCUCCAGAAGACCCACCAUUACCAUCAUAUCCUCCACCUUAUGCUGAAGCCAUACCUCCACCUUUCCAAGAUCAAUAUAGCUUGGGUUAUGCUGUUCCAUCUUAUGAGUAUUAUGCUCCUGCAGUGAGUGAGGUCACAAGCGUCAGCUAUUAUGUGCAUGCUGAUGGAUCUCAUAUUUCUGAAACUGUGCAACCAUCAUACUAUGAGCCAGUAGUUUCGAGUUCUUAUCCUGAAUUGGUUGCUGAUGUCCAGUCAGUUGAACCGAUAACAUAUUAUGGCAUUUCUGGUGGAGCUGUCCCUCAUGUACCUGUAGUCACUGUCACAGGAUCAUCUGGGUAUUAUGUUGAAUCAGGGCCUGUCAGCUAUAAUGAUGGUGUUUCUGUACUGGAUCAAGCAAGUUCUGUUGGGUAUACCAUGGAGUCUGUGAAUAGUGUUUUGCCUCCAGUUAAGCAUGAAUCUGAUGUUGCUGCAGUUUCCAAAGAGCCUGACAAGGGCAGUGUGCAAGUGACUUCAAAUGCGUCUUCCAUGCAACUUGCUAGUAAUGCUUCUUUGAAUGGGAGUACGACAGUUGCAACUUCCGCUGCCACCAAGAGUAAAUCCAGAGUUCUGCGUGGGAAGAAGCGCACGGUUGCUGUCGCCCCAACUUUGAGGUCUAAUAAGAAGGUCUCCAGUCUGGUGGAUAAGUGGAAGGCUGCAAAAGAGGAACUGCAUGGAGAAGAGGAUGAAGAACCGGAAGAUGCUCUUGAAAUUUUGGAAAAGAAACGCCAAAAGGAAAUAGAGGAAUGGCGUGCACGUCAGAUUGCAAGUGGCGAAGCUCAAGAUAAUGCAAAUUUUCUUCCUUUAGGUGGUGAUUGGCGUGAACGAGUGAAACGGAGGAGAGCAGAAGCCAAGACUGGCCCAGGCGAAACUGUUCCUGGAGCAGCUGUGAAUGAGAAAAAACAACCUGAUUUAGCAGAACUCUCCAGAAGUCUUCCUCCUGGUUGGCAGGCUUAUUGGGAUGAAUCGUCAAAGGAAGUCUAUUAUGGAAAUAGCAGCACCUCGGAAACAACCUGGACUAAGCCAGCAAGAUAAAAUACACAGUUACUGACUUUUAGGGUUUUGCAUGUCAGGGUUGUAACAACCAAAUGUACUCGGUCCAGCAUUCUGA